AUGCCUCCUCGCAAGGGUGUCGUAAAAUCCGGGAAUGCAGGAAAUUCGUCGAAGAUUAACAAAAAUUCUGGCGCAGGUUCGCCAUCGCAGUCAGCUAGUGCAGAGCAAGAAAACCCACUCUUUCCCCCCGGAUCCAAGUAUCCUUUGAGUCUACUUCAUGAAAGGUGCCAAAAGAGUGGCUGGGACAAACCGACCGUCGAGACGGUGAGUGUGACUAUUCUAUCAAGCUUUCUAACAAAGCUCAAGAUCCACAAGCGAAAACAUGGCAAUGAUUGGUCUUUCGUCGUAAUCAUCUCUCGGCUCGAUAAAAAAACGUCGCAGACAGAAAGUGUCCGACUCGAACCCCACCCACCUUAUUUGAGACCAACUGCGCUAGAAGCGCGUCAUUGGGGUGCCACAUACGCGUUGUACCGUUUCUGUAAUGCACUUCAGCUCAAUCGUGUAUUACCACCUGGACCCCGUGAUUAUUGGACCGAGCUAGUAGCAGAACAUAAAAAUGCUCCAGAACACAUGAAGUGGAUGUAUGAUGCUGAUCCUUUUGCCGCACGUAGAGCAGUAGAUGAGAGACAGGCGAAGGCAGCCCAAAAUCGACAACAAGGAAAUUCAAAAGAUUCCACGACGCAGGUGUCGAAGGAGUUCGCUCAUUCCCCUGAGGUGAGAAUGACCACUGAGUUGCGGGAUUUGGUGGAAGGCGUUGUCAAGAAGGGAAAUGCGCUGUACUUUGGUGACGACCCUAUACCAUCUGUAUUGCCCGCGGACGCUAUACCAACUGUUACGCAGCAGCUCGGUCACUUAGGUUUCAAGUCUAAUCACAUACGCACUACGCUGGCCUUUUUGUCCAAACCUUCGCCUCUCGGGGGUAAUUUGUUGAAUUCAAUGUCUCCGCUGGAGGCGUGCAUAGAGCAUCUGGUUCUUCAUCUCCCGGAAUGCGACCUUCCUGAGCGCUUCUUUCCCGGAAAUAACUCAUCCGAUCCAUUCAUUGUCUCCGGUCACUCUGGCUCUGAUGACUUGGCCAAGAGAUGGGUGGAGGAGAAAAUUAUCAAAGAGGCUGGUUUUCCUGCACACACUGUCAAACAGUGUACUGCUGACAGACAGUACUCGUUAACAAAUAUGGACCUGCUGGUGGCCUCUUUGGACCAUCGGCUCCUAGGUGAGGAUGCGGGUGCCCAAGCCAAUCCAGAUGAUAUAAUGCUGGUUAAUGUCGUGGACGGUUUACGAAGUAAUGAGGAUGAAGUAGAGGCUCUUGGGGCUCAUUUUGUCGACGCGAACCAUAUAUCAAUGCCUCUAUUCAGCGCGCCCGUGGAACUACACAUUUUGCUCCCAUCUUGUUCUAACCACUCGUUUCACAGCUAUCCUCCUGUGUACAUCACAUCGAAGUCUGUCCCGCCGUACAUGCGGCUUCAUCUCCUUGCGCAACUGUUACAAGAAAUGAAACAGGAUGGAUUUAUCGAGCCAGGAGAAGGUUUACUUAUGGCAACAAUGCGGGUUCUCGAGGAGCAAUGGGCACGCGUGCAGUCCAACGGCUCGCCAGAUGUGUCGGAAGUGCUUAAAUUCUUGAUACCUUCGCCCCCUUCAUCGCCCACUAUGCAUACAGCUGCCUUACGGACUGGACGUAAUACAACGGCGCGUCACAAAAUCCGGCAUCGCGGUGACAGUAGAUCGAAUGCACAGGUUAAGUUGGAUUUUGACAAAUUGUGCCAAUCUCAGGCAUAUUUAACGAUGUUAUCCGUUCGUCGACGCCUUCCUGCAUUUGCUGCCAAGGAUAACUUUCUGUCCUUGCUCGAAAGCAACCGAGUUGUUGUUGUGGUUGGGGAAACAGGGUGUGGUAAAACAACUCAGCUUCCACAAUUCAUCCUAGAUUCUUUGAUAAUGUCGGGGCACGGAGCUGAAGCUUCGAUCAUUGUCACCCAACCUCGCAGAAUUUCAGCCGUAUCUGUUGCCGCGCGGGUUUCUUCAGAACGGAUAGAUGACGGCUCUGUUGGAUAUGCCAUUCGUGGGGAGACCAAGCAUAGUCAAGAGACCAAGUUGCUCUUCUGUACGACUGGUGUCGUUUUACGAAGGCUAGGGUCCGGCGACGGGCUAAAGGAUGUUACACACAUUGUUGUUGAUGAGGUUCACGAACGCUCUGUCGAUGGAGAUUUUCUGCUUCUAGAACUCAAAGAAUUGUUGGCACGACACCCCACACUAAAGGUGGUGCUCAUGUCGGCAACAAUCAAUCAUGAAACAUUCGUGAAAUAUUUCAACAACGCCCCGAUGUUGACUAUCCCAGGCUUUACACACCCAAUCACAGAUAUGUAUCUCGAAGACUACAUUUCCUCACUUUCCUAUAAGGCGACAUCAGCCAAACCAAAUAGAAAAGAAUCAGAUGAAGAGAAACAUGCCUUCAGAGAUUAUUGCAGUUCCAAGGGCCUCAGCGAAGAGUCGACAUCUGCAAUUCAAAACAUUAUGCAGGCGGAAAGGAUUGACUACCAGCUGAUUGCUGCUGUUGUUCAGCACAUCGUUGCAACAUCACAGAAAGGCGGAAUUUUGAUUUUCCUUCCCGGAGUUCAAGAAAUUCGUUCUUGUAUCGAAGUAAUUCGCGGCAUGGUCGGUGAGAAGGCUGAGAUAUUACCUUUACAUGCGAACUUGUCAAACGACGAACAACUUGCUGUUUUUGGCGAUACAAAACGAUGGAAAAUCAUUGUCGCGACAAACGUUGCCGAGACGUCCAUUACCAUUGAAGACGUGAUCUAUGUUGUUGACUCGGGAAAAGUCAAAGAAACGGGCUAUGAUCCAGAAAGCGGACUAUCUCUCUUGAAAGAAAAGUGGGUUACGCGUGCUGCAGCCCGUCAGCGUAGGGGUAGGGCCGGCAGAACGCAGCCGGGGGUUUGUUACAAGCUUUAUACCCGAAAACAGGAAGAAAAAAUGGGCCGUUUCUCAAUACCAGAAAUACUACGAACACCGUUGGAGAGCAUUUCGUUGACCGUAAAGGUGAUGCGCGAGAGCGAGGAUGUGAAGCAUUUCCUGAACCGGGCUAUUGAUCCUCCCGAAGUGUCUGCUAUGGAUAAGGCCUGGAAUGUCCUUGAGGAGCUCGGAGCCAUUGAUGCAGAUGGCCAUCUGACUGCUCUUGGACGCCAUGUUUCAAUGCUACCUGUAGAUUUGCGACUGGGGAAGAUGCUUGUUCUUGGCACAAUUUUCCAAGUCAUAGACCCAAUUCUUACGGUCGUGGCUUGCCUCUCGUCAAAACCCUUAUUCAUCAAUCCUAUGGAUAAGAGGGAUGAAGCCACUCAGGCGAGACUAUGUUUUGGCGAAGACAAAAGCGAUCUACUCACGGACGUCAAUGCGUACAGCGAAUGCAUGCGCCUUCAGUCCGAGGGCAAAAAUCAUAAAGCAUUGAGACACUUCUGUGAAGAGAAUUUUAUCUCAACAGCCGCUGUCAGGGAGAUCACAUCAUUGCGCCGCGACUUCCUCUCCUCUCUUUCAGAUCUCGGUUUCAUCCCGCGUUCCGCGACAGCGAGUUCUCAAGAAUUGAACACAAACAGUGCAAAUACAAACAUUAUCAAAGCUGUCAUUCUUGGCGGCCUAUGGCCUCGCGUUGUUCAAGUGCAUCUUCCACGUUCAGCGAUCAAAUUCGACAAAGUGCAAGCAGGCACUGUUCAGCGCGAAAAUACUGCAAAAGAGUACAAGAUGCACGAUCUGACAGAUGGGCGCGUUUUUUUGCAUCCUUCGUCUGUCCUCUUUGGGGAGUCGACGUGGAAGUCGCCGUUUCUGGCCUACUUCCAGAAACAGAUGACCAGCAAGAUUUUCAUCCGCGGGGCGACUCAGGUUCCGAUGUACGCAUUGCUUCUCUUCGGUGGACCUGUGUCUGUCAAUCACAUUGGGGGUGGUCUCACGGUUGGAAAGGGUGGCAGCAUCGUCAAAUUGAAGGCAUGGCCCCGCAUCGGUAUUCUGGUGAACCAACUCAGGCGUCUGCUUGAUGCGCAAUUACAGCAAUGUAUCGAAGAGGGAUCGAUGUUGAGUACCAGUCAACAUAGUGCGGUGGCCAAUGCCAUGAUCGCGCUGCUUGCCAACGACGGCCUGUCUGGAUAA